CCCAGAUGGCUCUUCUGAAAUCAUCGUUAACCUUCUCACCCUAUGGCAAAUUCGCAAUUCCUCCUAAACCGACAACAACCGCAUGGUCCCUACUAAAAAAGCCUCGUCUUUCUUCUUCCUUCCUUCUUCACAGUUCUAUGCUCAGAAGACUGCUUCUCUCUUCCUCCAUCCAUCGCUUUCUUUCCCCCCAACUAAAUUACUAUCAUUUCCUACCCCAUAUCCUUUUGCUUUUACGUACUUUUCCCCACUUACUUGGCCUUUCCCGUACAUUUUCGCUCGACCCAUUUCCUCCCUCAAGUUGCUGGCCAUGGCUGAACGACCCUCGACACCAGAAUCGCAUUCUCACAAGUACACGAAUCGUCUGGCUGCGGAGCACAGUCCCUAUCUUCUUCAGCAUGCCCAUAACCCUGUUGAUUGGUACCCGUGGGGUGAGGAAGCUUUUGCUGAAGCGCGAAAGAGAGACGUUCCCAUCUUCUUGUCAAUUGGAUAUAGCACUUGUCAUUGGUGUCAUGUUAUGGAGGUGGAAUCUUUUGAAGAUGAAGGGGUUGCCAAAUUGUUGAAUGAUUGGUUUGUCAGUAUUAAGGUAGAUCGGGAAGAGCGACCUGAUGUUGAUAAGGUAUACAUGACUUACGUUCAGGCUCUGUACGGUGGUGGAGGUUGGCCACUUAGUGUCUUUCUUUCACCUGAUUUGAAACCGUUAAUGGGCGGAACUUACUUUCCACCAAAUGACAAGUACGGGAGACCGGGAUUUAAGACCAUACUUAGAAAGGUGAAAGAUGCUUGGGAUGUCAAGAGGGAUAUUCUUGUUAAGAGUGGAGCCUUUGCUAUUGAGCAGCUGGCAGAAGCAUUAUCAGCUAAUGCAAGUCCUAAUAAAUUGCCUGAUGGGCUACCACAAAAUGCGCUCCGUUUGUGUGCAGAUCAACUUUCCACAAGCUAUGAUUCGAAGUUUGGUGGUUUUGGAUCUGCCCCAAAGUUUCCCAGACCGGUUGAAAUCCAGUUGAUGCUUUAUUGGUCCAAAAAAUUGGAGGAAACUGGGAAGUUGCAUGAAGCAAGUGAAGCUUUAAAAAAAGUUUUCUUCAGCUUGCAAUGCAUGGAGGGGGGCAUCCAUGAUCAUGUUGGAGGUGGCUUUCACAGAUAUAGCGUGGAUGAGUGCUGGCAUGUUCCCCACUUCGAAAAAAUGCUGUACGACCAAGGACAGCUUGCUAAUGUUUAUUCAGAUGCGUUUUCUAUCACCAAAGACUACUACUUUUCAUUUGUGGCUCGGGAUAUUCUUGAUUAUUUGAGGAGAGACAUGAUCGGGCAAGAAGGUGAGAUUUUUUCAGCAGAGGAUGCUGACAGUUCCGAAUAUGAAGGUGAUGCUAGAAAAAAGGAAGGAGCCUUCUACAUAUGGACCAGCCAAGAGGUUGAUGACAUACUUGGAGAGCAUGCAACUGUUUUCAAGAACCAUUACUAUGUAAAGCCUUCGGGUAACUGUGACCUUUCUAGAAUGAGUGAUCCUCAUCAUGAAUUCAAGGGAAAGAAUGUGCUCAUUGAGAGACAAAACUCAGCUGAAAUGGCAUCAAAAGUUGGCAUGCCCGUUGAUAAAUAUCUUGAUAUUUUGGGUGAAUGUAGGCGAAAGCUUUUUGAAGUAAGAUCAAGUCGACCAAGACCACAUUUGGAUGAUAAGGUAAUCGUAUCAUGGAAUGGACUGGCAAUAUCAUCAUUUGCAAGGGCUUCUAAAAUUCUGAAGGGUGAGGAGGAGGGGACCAAAUUCUACUUCCCUGUUGUUGGCUGUGAUCUCCAGGAGUACAUGGAUGUUGCUGAGAAGGCAGCAUCUUUUAUCAGGAGGCAACUCUACAAUGAGCAAACGCACAGGCUACAACACAGCUUUAGGAAUGGCCCAUCUAAAGCGCCUGGAUUCUUGGAUGAUUAUGCUUUUCUAAUUUCGGGUUUGCUGGAUCUUUUUGAAUUUGGUGGUGGGAUUGAAUGGCUACUUUGGGCAAUUGAACUGCAAGACACCCAGGAUAAAUUAUUUCUUGAUAGAGAGGGAGGAGGCUAUUUCAAUACCCCAGGGGAAGACCCUUCUAUUCUCCUCCGUGUGAAGGAAGAUAAUGAUGGGGCUGAGCCCUCUGGGAACUCGGUUUCUGCAAUUAAUCUUGUAAGAUUGUGCUCCUUGGUUGCAGGUACUAGGACUGAUUGUUACAGGCAGAACGCUGAACAUCUUCUGGCAGUCUUUGAGGCGAGACUGAAAGAUAUGGCUAUGGCAGUCCCUCUGAUGUGUUGUGCAGCGGACAUGGUCACUGUUCCCUCUCGAAAGCAAGUUGUCUUGGUUGGCCAUAAGCAUUCUGUCGAGUUUGAAAACAUGCUAGUUGCAGCUCACGCAUCAUAUGAUCCCAAUAAAACCGUUAUUCACAUAGACCCCUCCAACAAGAAGGAGAAGGAAUUUUGGGAGGAACACAACAGCAAUAUUGCCCUCAUGGCAAAGAAUAAUUUUGUUGCCGAUAAAGUGGUUGCUCUCGUGUGCCAAGACUUUACUUGCAGUGCCCCAGUAGCAGAUCCUGAAUCUCUCAAGGCGCUGUUGUACCAAAAAUCAUCAUCUUCUGCUUCAAUUGGCACCAGUAAAUAACUUCAGUUAAAUACUUAGUGAUAUGUUUAUUAACAUGGAAUCAUCUUUGGCUGGAAACUCAGUGGCAGCAUGGCAAGUCAAAUUGAUGGUCGUUUUGUACGUAAACUAAUAUAAGAUAGAUGGCAAAUAAGUUUACAGCUAUGCCCCAGUGGAGAGGUUGAAUAUGUAUCUUGCUUUUGUUAAAAUGGUACAUGAACCAUAUGCACAAAGUUUUGAAUUCA